UGUCACUGUGUUAGUGUAGUAGAUAUUAGCGAGUACUUGAUACUAUUAUGUGUUUAUGAAAGGCUUCAUAUGGCGAUAAGAUAAGCAUUAUAGUUUAAAAAGUCCUAAAAUAAUAGUUUUAAUGGUUGUUAUAUUAGUUCAAAACGUGCCUAAUAAUGUAUCCUAGGUCAGGUAGUAGCGGUUCUUUGCAGAAUAUACAUCAAACGCCGUCAUCAUCUAAUCAUAAUUCAGAAGAUGAAGAUGAUAGUGGAGAUAAUAAAGCAUCUGCUUUGAGCUUCAAGGAAAGGCGAAGAGAAGCUCAUACCCAGGCUGAACAGAAGAGGAGAGAUGCUAUAAAAAAAGGAUAUGAUUCCCUCCAAGAAUUGGUGCCAACCUGCCAGCAAACCGAGGCUUCCGGAUACAAGCCUAGCAAAGCUGCUGUACUACAAAAAUCAAUAGAUUAUAUUCAGUAUCUACUGCAGCAACGUAGACGCCAGGAAGAUGAACGUAAUGCGCUACGCAAAGAUGUCGUAGCUUUAAGGAUAAUGCAAGCUAACUAUGAGCAGAUAGUAAAAGCUCAGCAUUCUGUACCUGGUCAUAGCGAGCAACGGCUCUCUGAUCAGGAUAAGUUUCAUGUGUUUCAGGGUAUAAUGGAUAAACUGUUCGAAUCCUUCGAGUCAGUACCAACAAACAACUUCGCUGAAUUCUCAGCUGGUGUGUUCAAUUGGCUAGAAGAAUAUUGCAAGCCGCAAUCCCUUAGGACACUAGUCCAUGGAGUUUUAAGGGAACAAAGCUAUACGCCAUAAGAAGGUGAAAUAGAAUUAAAUAUCCAUAGACAUCAUAGAACCGGGUGUUAUUAAUGACAUUGACAGAUACUUGUACAGAAAUUUUAUGCAAACGUAACCUUUAGUGUUUUAUAUAGUGUAUAUAUUUUGUUUUAUAAAUGAAUUGUUUUUAUGAAAUUAUAUCUCCGCUUCCAUCGAAUGUUAAAAAAAUAUUAUAAUGUCUGUUUUAUUACUAAAUCGUUUCUAUUACUGGUUAGACGUGGAUUUUUUUUGUACAUAUAUUAAACUUACAUAUACGUAAUAGUCGCCAUUGUGCUUUUAAUUUGUAACCACAUAUAUCUAUUUGACGUCCUAUUUUUUUAUAAACUUUUUUUUUAUUCGUGUUUAUAAUUUUAAACAUUUGGUCAUAAUUAAAUGGCAUAUUUGUUAAUGUUCAUGAACGUUAUCCGAAACCUCAAUUUUAUAAUUGAGAAAUAAUAUGUUUUAUAUUUUAAUAUUUUGUUGUAAGUGUUCAUAAUCAUGGUGAAUUUUUUUUUUAACAAAGACAUCUAAAUAAAUAUAUCAUUAUUACCCACCAGUGUGUCAGGAGUGGAUUUUUUUUAUUAGAUUUAAUGUGUAAAAAGUAUCCUUGCUUUUUAAAAACAUCAGAAUCAUGUAGUAAUUUUAUAAAAUAUUUUAUAUAUUUAUAUAUGAAUGUUUGGAAUAUAUUCUUAAUACUAACAAAUGUUUUUUAUAUAAUUUGAAAUACAGUGUCUUCUAUAAAAUGUUAGUAUUUAUUGAUCAGUAAGAUUUUGACUGCCUUAAAUUCUAUGUGCCUUUAUUAGUUUGUACUAAAGAUUGUUACUAAAAAUAUAUAUAUAGAAAUAUAUGACUAUAUCUACCAAUUUACAAGUAUAGGAAUAUUAUAUAGCACUGUUAUAAUGUCAUAAAAUAUUUAUGUUUCAUAAUUGGCUUGUAUUUGAUGUAUGAUUUUUUUUAUAUGUAGUACUAAUGUUAGCGUCUGUGAUAGAAUUUAUAUCUACAUGUUUUUUAAUUAAUAUAUAUGACCAAUCUUCUUUACAGGAGUUAAAAUUAUAAUAUAUUCUGUAACAACAACAUAUCAUUCUAAAUAAUAUAACUGUUACCAAAAA